AUCAUGAUCAGAGACCAAAACCGAUGCGAAUAUACUAAUUGUCAUCGAAAGAAAAAUCAACAUCAAAAUGACUUCAGGAAGGAAAACGUCAUGCUUGCUCGUAUUAUGGAUGUUCCUCAGUCAAGGCCGGCCUCAGCUGCUGAACCUGGACGUCCCGCAGAAGGUCAUGGAGUUCCAGCACCUGCAGUCGCCGAACCCGCACUCGUUCGCCGUCCUGGAGGGCUCGAUCGGCGUCGACCUGAAGGCCUUCACGCUCUGCUACAGGAUCAAGCCCUACUUCUUCAGGCCAGAAGUCAUUGUCAUCUCGUACGUCAUGAAUAAGAACGACAUCCUUAGAACUGACCACAACCGGCGCGGGCUGCAGCUGAUGCUUCCCCUGCAGCGCGUCCGCCAGGCCACGGCCGCCGUCACGCCGCUCAUGUACUGGUCGGGCUGGUGCUACGCCAUGGACUCCGCCACCGGGGAGUGGAAGGUGCUCGGCCGCUCUUCGAAUCGGUUCCUUUGGCUUGAUCAUAACGGCGGUCAUUCCCAUGCAUCGCAUUUCAAAUCUAUGACUUGAAGCGUGCACCAUCACCGAUUUUAUAACCAUAUAAAUUAAUUCAUCGUCAGAUCUUCAUGAAUGGCGAGUUAGUGCAGGAAGGGACCUGGCUG